AUGGAGUACCAAUAUCAAGAGCAGCAGCGGCAGCGGCAGCAGCAGCACCAUGAGCUCGACGAGGACGGGUUCGACGACUACUACCACCACCCCUCCUCUCCUCCCUCUGUCACAUCUGUAUCUGAGACUCCCAAUGCUUCAUCUGAUGUUUCCUCCCCUCAACUUCUCCCUUCUCAACUACCAGAUACCUCCGUGCCUGCUGCCGCCCAGCUGCCGUCAUCGCCGUCGUCGUCGUCCAGGAACCCGAGGAAGCUCACCAUCAACAGCGACAUCGCGCGCCCGCCGUCUGCUGGCCAUCUGAUUCGACGCAAGCCGCUGUCCAUCUCGGCCUCACCCAUCGCUACCCGGUUCUCGUCUGGGGCCUACCUCUCCAUUGUCCGGGACAAGGCGCGCUUAGAGCAGCGUACCUCGCGCUCCUUCUCUCUGGACAGCCCUACCGUCUAUGGGUUUGAACAGGCGUCAAUAAUAGAAACCGUUGCUGGCCUAUCAUUCCCAAGAGCCAAGGUGGCGUCCAUACCAAAGCCAAAGGACGACGUAAGGAACUCUCACAAAAUUGAGAGUCCAGUCCGUUCUUCAUCCCCGUCUCGGUCAAUGUCGCCCGAGCCGUCUGUCAUAGCGGGGGAGGAGGUCAAACAUCCCAGCUUGGCAGACCACCCCAACCCUGCAGCUCCUCAAACAGAUCUCACAGCUGGGCUGUUGCAGCCCAGCGGUCAGUCCUCGCGUGACGGAUCUGUGGCCGAACCCAAUACGGAUGAAGAAGAUCCUCUGAGUGUGCUCGACGGAUAUAAUACCGACUCCUCCUAUAACACUAGUUCCAAUAACUCUAAUAUGUCAAUGCCUCACUCACGGAAAACACCACCACAACUCGCCCUUGCACAGGUCGACACUGAUACCAGGUCUACCUCGAUAUCAAGUCCAAACGACCUCAAGACCCCAGAUACCAACAAGCCUUUGCCCAAAUCGCCAGGUUCGGCAUCCAAGCUUGGUUCCUUCUUUGGCUGGGGAGGUCAAUCGCCGACGACGCCAGAGUCCUCUGACAAGGAAAGCUUCUCGCCUAUUCCACCAUCCACUGGGUUCUCAAGGUCAAACACGCUGCCAAAUGCAUCUCCGGCCACGCUCAGACAGACGACACUCCUUGAAGCCCCCCUAGUGUCCUACAACGGCUCUGCAAAUCCCCGAGACUACGUUGACUCGUACUUGGCGACACCCCCACCAAUAUCAGCAGCAACAACUGCCGAGAUCGAAGAGAUGGAGGACGAGCUCAAGGCCAUCUCGACCGAGUUGGCCGCGUCCAUCCGGCGCGAGAUGGACUUGGAAGACCUCGUCGACAGACUUCAGGCAGAGAGGGACAACCCAACUGCCACGGCGAACAAGCGAACUAGUGACUACUUCUCCGAUUCCGGAUACAGUUCGGCCAAAUUCAGCGAGUAUGAACAGUCGAGAGAUGAAAUUGAAAAGAUUCAGAGGAGAUCAGAGCAGGAGAAGGCUCAAAUUCGGUUGGAGCUGACCCAAAAGGUGCAAGAUGAGAGACUCAAGAGGGCGGAACUAGACGGUCAGAUUAAGGAGCUUUCUGAACGAGCCUCUCAAGUCGACCUAGCUCAGAUAAACAGUAUGGACGCCAGUGGCCGGAUCCAGGAGCUGGAAAACACAUGCGAGUCCCUGCGUAGGAAGCUGGCCGAUGAGAGACAGAUCAAGGAUAACUUUGAGGAUCUACUUUCCGCAUUGAAGGGCGAACUGGAAAAUGCUGCCAACGAGCGUGACAACUUGCGCGACGAGAUCGUGCCGCAGCUGCGAGCUCGUGUGGACGGCCUCGAGAAUCAGGCUUCUGAACUGGAGAAGAUGAACUAUGAGGCGACCAAGAUGCAGCAGGAACUUCAAGCACUAAAGUCGGAAAAUACAUCCUUGAAAGAAGCCGGUUCCAAAGCGGCUGCCUCGAUGGGCAGCAUCACAGAGGAAGACAGCUUUUCAGCUGUGCCUUCCAGGCUUACUCGAUCAAACUCCAUUACCGGCCCACCGCCCACGCGCAAAUUCUCGAAAUCACCUGGUGGCCUUGGACUUUCGAGAUCCAAGUCGGUCCGGACAACAGAGUCUCGCGACACUACACCCAAUCGACUUUCCAUCACAGGUCCCCCAAGCGCGAAUGCUCCAAGUCCGCUUAACCUGACGGACAGACUCAAGGACGUCGAGGAUCAGCGUGAUGCACUUCACCGUGCCUUGAAAGCCCUUCUCGAGCGCCAGGAGCACCAGAACCGUGAGAACGAAAAGAAGAUCAAAGCUCUGGAGAUGGAGCGAGACCGUCUUUUGAACAGUUCACCGAAAAAAGCGGGUUUCGCCAAGGAGGUUUCAAACCUCCGUGAUGAGAUCAACGUGCUGCGCCGCAGGUCUGAGGAAGCGCUUGAGCAGAAGUGGCAAGUUGAAAAGGGUCUUGCUGGUCUCAAGAUGGACCUUGACCGUGCCGAGAUGGAGAUUGCGUCUCUUCGCAGCCUGCUCCAAGAGAAGGAUAUCCUCAUCCCCGAGGCCUACUUGCGGCACAGUGGUAGCAGCGAUGGCUCGAUCCGCCCGCCUGUAACGUCCGAGUCCCUCGUGACCGCUUAUGCGGAACUCCAAGAUGCGUACGCUCAAGCCCUGGGACGCGUCAAGGAGCUGUCCACCCCACAAGACGAGAAGACGGAACUCGCCAUUGAAAGGCUUGAACAAAGCCUCUCUUCGACCAUCUCGGAUCGGGAUCUCGCUAUGCAGGAGGCGGCAUCAUUCAAGGCGCAGCUCGAUAUGCUCAAGGCAGGCGAGAGUGCCUACCUGGAGAGUGAAAAGGCUCUCGGCGAUGAGCUUUCCGAGUCAGCUCGACGCGUUGAAGAGCUUUCCACCCAAGUCCGUCAGCAAUUGGCUACCAACCAGAACCUGCGCCAGCGCUUGUCCGACACGGUUGCUCGCGGAGAUGCUGCGCAAAGGGCAAAUGCCGAGCGUAUUGCCGCUCUACAAGACCGUCUGCACAUGCUGGAAGAGCAGGUUGUAGCUGCUCAGACGGCUUCGGAAGAGCGCGUUGCUCGCCAUGAGGAUGAGAUUGCCGCCAUCAAGGAGAACCAGACUGGCUAUCUUGCUAGACUCAGCAGCAACCCCCGUUCUCCACGCCAGUUCCUACCAAAAUCUCCAAUGUCGCCUCUAUUUGCUCGGGCUUCCGCAAAGUCGUUCCGACUCAGCACGACACGAUCUGGCCCAGCCAUGAGUGUAUCCGAAGAGACCCAAGUUGCUUCUCUCAAGGAGAAAGUCACUGAGCUUGAGAAGGCCCUGACGCAAGCUGACUCGGAGAUGGAGGAGGUCGUCGGUCGCAUGAACGCAGCCCAGAUCGAGGUCCUCCAGCUGCAAGAAGAGCGUGAGGCUGCCAUGAGCCAGACAAGAAAGCUGGAGAGAGAACUUCAAGCCGAGAAGGUCAAGGCCUUUGAGGAGCGUUUCAAGAGCCUCCAGUCCUAG